AUGAUAUAUGAACACCAUGAUAAAAGUAUGGCACGUACUGCUGUUAGAUCAUUGAGACAAGCAAGAGAACAAAAUAAUACAGCCAUGUCUAUUAUUUCAUCAGAUUCUAGAGUUUCAAGUAAUAAUACACGAAUGUCAGAAGCUUCCUCAAUCCCAUCACAUGCAACCAAAAGCAUGAAUUUAAUCGUCGUCUCCUACGCUUGGUGCCGCAAAACACUAAGCACUAAAAUUCUUGUUGAGUAUACAGAAAAGUUAAAAAAAGCCAAAGUUUCUAUUCUCUCUAAAUCACAAGAACCAGUUACAAUUAUGUUUGAUGGUUGGAAGAAUGUGCAUUGUCAAGAAAUUCUGGGUGCCAUUAUUCUCUCUAUAUCAAAUCAGCUAUAUAUAUGGAGUACUGAAGAUAUUAGCAAUUGUAGCCAAAAAACUUCUGAUGUAUUAAAUACAAUUCAUACUUUUUUUGAGCAUGCCAAUGAUCAGAAUCUUAAUGUAGUAGCCAUGGUUACAGAUAGUGCAUUAGUAUAUGCUUCUGCACAGUGCAAAAUACGAUUACAAAAACCAAUGAAGAAUACCAUUGGAAUCACAUCAUAUUUUACUGAUAAACGGCAUUUAAAGGCAAUAUCAUUACUUCGUGAUGAGCAGCAGAGAGUUUACAAAACCAUAUAUAGCUUUAUGCGUCCAGUAACCACCCGCUGGAAUUCUUAUUAUUAUUGCUUCGCAAUGCUCUUAAGAAGCAAACGUGCUUUACAGUCUUAUUCAAUCCUCAUUCUAAACUAUCUUCAGCAUAAUGCGGCUAAUCUUUUUGAUAUUGUAUAUGUAUUUGGAUAUGUAGCACAACAGUAUGAAAAUGAUGUUAAUGGAUUUGGUUAUAAAAUACAACAAAAACUUGAAAAAAGAUGGGCGGAAUGGGAACAACCUCUCCUUUUAUUGGCAAUUAUAUUUUACCUACAAUAUCGUAUUCAAGCCUUGUCUGAUAUUAAAUUUUUUUCUCUUAAACGAAUAAUGA